AUGGCUAACAGAGGGAAGACGGCGGGAAAGAAGCAGGUGCAGGUGAAGAAAGCCGCGAAGCAGGAGGCAGCGAAGAAGCAGGAGGAGAGGGCUGUGCCCGAGGAGAGGGUGACGCGGGCAGUGGAGCAGUUGCGGGAGUACGUUGCCCGUGAGGGGUCCCAAAGUGAGGGUGGUGGGAACGAUUUGCUUGGUGGGGAAUCCGAGGAUCUGGUGUCUGCUGUGAGUCUGGUCGUUGUGAACAAGGACUCGUUCACGGGUGCCGCUAAGAACUUCAAGUUGCGGUUGCUGCCAGUGGAACACUCGCUGUACAGGCCCUGGAGGGACCACAGUGCCACCGCGGUGAAGGAUUUCAAGACUCUGUUGGUGCUGAAGGACGCGGACGCGGGGAAAGUCACUGCGGAGGGUCUUUCUGAGGCGCUUGAAAGCUCGAAGAUUGUCGUUGAUGAGGUCAUUACGGGGAGAGACCUCAAGACCACGUACAAGGCGUACGAGUCCCGCAGGGCGUUCCUCGCACAGUUCGGGCUCGUCAUGGCGGAUGAAAACAUGGUCACCACUCUGCCAAAGCUUAUGGGGAAGAAACCUUUUGAGAAAGUGGAGACCACCCCGGUCCCAAUAAAAGUGUACUCCUCCAAGAACGUUUUCUCCGAGGUCACUUUGAAGAACUCGAUCGAGAAACUGUUCCUUUACCAGCUCCCAGUUAAGCUGCCAAGGGGUAACACUUUGAACGUCCACUUGGGGAAACUCGAAUGGUUCUCUACAGGAGAACUCGUGCAGAACAUCGAGAGCAUACUCUCCAACCUCCUACCAAAAUUCAAGAUCAGGGCUGUGUUCAUCAAGAGCAACCAGUCCCCAGUCUUGCCACUGUACUACAACGAGAGCAUACUCGAGGAAUUGGCCGCAAGCAGGGAACAAGCAGAGGGCGCCGCGGCGCCGGGCGAACUACCUACUGCAGAGAUCGACGGGGUCCAAGUGCGCCUGUCAAACUUCGACCAGGCUUUGCUCGAGAUUGCCAAUCCAAACGAAUUAAGCACCAUCUUUGCCAAGAACUUGAAGAAUGCAAAGAGAGACGCUCCAGUGGAGGAAGACGCAAAGAGGGUCGUCAAGAAGGCCAAGAAGUAG